CGGAAUUAUGUGAGGUCGAAUGUUGCAGUGGAUAGAUUAAUCUUCCUUUUGCUUGGCAUCGGAAAAUUAGGGUUUCCUCUCGCUCUUCUGAAUCGUAUUCAAUCGGGAUGGAGAACAGUGACAUUGACAUGGUGAUCAGCAUACCUGACACACCAGACAGACCUGUAGUGCGUCGUGCUUCCGUAAGCAGAGAGGCUAACAAAAGACAUCGUUCUCCAGAAGCUCACGAGAACAACGGACAUCGCUCUCGUCAUUACCCCAACAACGGCAGAGCCACCAGACCACCAGCCUCCGAAGCUCCUGAGAACAACAACGGACAACAUCAUCGCUCUCGUCAUCCUUCUGGAAGCAACGCUCUGUUUAGGAGAGCCGUUGUUGAAGCAGCUUCCGAUACGCAAACUGAGAACGGACAUCAUCGCUCUCGUGCUUCCGGAAGCAACGCGCUGUUCAGGAGAACGUCGGUUGAGAAGGAUAAAGGGAAAUCCAUCUGCGUUGAUCCUCCUCCCCCUGCUCGGGUUGAGAGAGAUCAGCGUAACGGACAUGCUCUGUUUACUAAUGAAGAUGUAAGAGAAUCACGCACAAGGAAUGAUGGUUAUUCUUCUCCUAAUAAGGGUAAAGGAAUAGUAGUGGACUGUGGCUCUGUUUCCAAUAGAGAAACGAUUAACCUUUCCAGUGAGAGGAAACCCGUUAGAAGCACUAGAAGACUGGUUAGAAACGGCUGCAUAUCUCCACAUGGAAUAGCAGCUAGAGCUAGACAAGGUGUUGUUGAUGUCACCAAUAACUCCAGGGAUACAGUUAGUGUUGAACAGGAACUAGCUCUUGAAGCUGCUGCAUCUUCCAUUGACAUUAGGGAGAUUGUUUCUGAUAAUAAUCAUGUUCGCGGAAGAGCUAGAGGAAAAAGACCAGAGAUUCCCCCAAGCAGGGUGGCUAGUAGAGAUGCUGCCUUGGAGGGAUGGGUUAGUACGCGCAGCCGGAGUUUAAAUAUCAACCAUGAAAGGGAUAGGAGGAGGGAUGAGAGUGACACUCGUGGUGCUAGUAGUUUCGUUUCAGGACUUGAUGUGCUGGAAAGUGGUGCAGUUGACAGAGAAGGUAGACCACAACGGCGGCGGAAAAAUGGACUUACUCCUUCGAGGUUUGAGCCAGAGGUUUCUGUUAUUGGAACUUCUAACGAACCAUCUAGCAGCUCGAGGACACAUAACUAUCAAAGACAAGGCAGACAAGUGUUGGAAAUCGAAGAUUCAUCUCCUGAGGCAAGGUUCUCCCGGGCUCCUAGACGUGUUGAAAACGAUGAAUCUGAUGACGUGAAAGCAAGACAGAUAGAAGCAGAUGCGCUGAUGGCUCGUGAACUGCAAGAACAGAUGUACGCAGAAUCCACAUUGAGAACCGAGCAGAUGGACGAAACCAUAGCCAGGUUGAUGGAACAAGAGGAGAACUCUCUCCGUCCUUCUUCUAGUCGCGCUUCUACUCGUAGCACCAGAAACUCUACUAAUACCGUUGCGGCAGAUCCAGGUGGGAGUAGUCGCGUGGAAGAACGACCGCAACAACAUUCUUCUAGGAGGCGAAUGAAUCAUCCACAUACUCGUCGUGCUACUUAUAGAGCACCACCACGGGUUAGAUCUCGACUAUUAGGCCCUCCACAGCUACACGGUGCUAUGAAUUUCAAUUUUCCAAGUGGCAUGGGCUUAGAUUCGAGAAUAGAUUUUCUGGAGAAUCUGGAGAAUGUCUUUGGACACAGCUUCAACAACAGUAAUCUUCUUCACAUGGAUCGUGACUUUACUGAAGAUGAUUACGAGUUGCUUCUAGCUCUUGAUGAAAACAACCAUCAGCAUGGUGGUGCUUCUACUAGUCGCAUUAACAACUUGCCAGAGUCCAUAGUUCAGACAGAUAAUUUUCAAGAAACCUGUGUUAUCUGUCUGGAAACACCGACGAUUGGAGACACUAUUCGUCAUCUUCCUUGUUUUCACAAAUUCCAUAAAGAUUGCAUUGAUCCAUGGCUAGGACGGAGUAAAGCAUGCCCGGUUUGUAAAUCCUCCGUCACUUGAACAAGUUUUGCAGGCACACCGGAUGUUGUUUAGAAAAUUACCAUUGUACCUGUUCGAGCGGGUGAUUUGAUUCUAGGGAUCAUCCUCUCUCUCUCUCUCUCUCUGGAAUCAUGUUGCUGAUAAAAGCAAACAUUGAUCGUCUCCGUCUCGAGUUUGAAACACUCAUGAAACAGGGGUUUUACACCCGAUAAAGUGAAUUGGUUUACUGUGUUUAAUACUCCUUUAGCUGAGAGCUGUUCUGUAGAUUAAGCUGUUGAUUAUCAUCCUAUUAAUUAAAGAUUAAUCUUUGUUUAAACUUAUACUACGGCUCUUUCUU